AUGGAAAUUACAGCAACGAAAUCGGAGUCUGGCCGCGUUAUCAGCUAUGACGCUGAUGCUAGAAGACAAAGAACUUUCGGCUCGAGAGAGCAGAGAUUGGUGAAUAUUAUCACUAUUGUAGCUGCCGGUUUUGCCCUAAUUUCCGAUGGAUACCAAAAUAACGUCAUGUCGAUGUUAAACAAAGUUUUCCCCAUUGAAUACGGUAAAGAGGUUUACUCGUCAACAGUAUCGACGCGAGUUUCCAAUGCAUCGUUGGUUGGCACCAUUUUGGGACAGGUUUUCGUCGGGAUUGCAUGUGACUACAUGGGCCGCAAAUGGUCCAUUCUCGUUGCAACCUUGCUUUUGGUAAUCGGGACUCUCUUGUGUGCUGCUUCUCAUGGUAGAACAUUAAACGGUAUGUUCUGGAUGAUGACCGUAAUGCGCGGUGUCACGGGUUUUGGUAUUGGUGCGGAAUAUCCGUGCUGUUCUGUGAGCGCUAACGAAGCCGCCAACGAGCACAGCGCGAAGAGACGCGGCGGGAUAAUGGUUUUGGUCACCAACUUGCCGCUUUCUCUCGGAGGCCCAUUUGCUAACAUCGUGUUCCUUAUCGUGUAUUCCAUCUGUGGCAGGAACCAUUUGGAGGCGGUUUGGAGAACUUUGUUCGCUUUGGGAUGUUUCUGGCCCUUGAGUGUGUUCUAUUUCCGGUGGAAAAUGACGACCAAUACGCUUUACAAAAAGGGUACCUUCAAAUCUACGGUUCCUUACUGGCUUGUUAUCAAGUACUGCUGGAAGGAUUUGCUAGGGACUUGUGGUACGUGGUUUCUGUAUGAUUUCGUCACUUUCCCUAAUGGAAUAUUCUCCAGUCAGAUCAUCAGCUCCGUUAUGAAAGAUAGCAAUGAUUUGAAAAAAGUGGCUGGUUGGAAUCUACUCCUCGGUAUAAUCGCCGUCCCUGGGUGUUUUGUCGGUGCGUACUUGUGCGAUAGAAUUGGUAGAAAAUAUACGCUUAUUUUUGGUUUCAGCGGAUACCUGAUUUUUGGUUUGAUUAUCGGAUGCGCUUUUGAGCAGCUAUCACGCAUCACUCCACUCUUUAUCAUCUUUUAUGGUUUCAUGAAUGGCAUGGCCAACGCGGGCCCCGGUGACAUGAUGGGAGUCGUGUCAAGUGAAUCAUUCCCAACCGCGGUACGCGGGACCUGCUAUGGAUUGAGCGCCGCUUUAGGUAAAGUCGGCGCCGUGGUAGGUACGCAAUGUUUUACGCCAAUCAGAGACAAUUUAGGCAAACGCUGGACUUUUAUCAUUGCCGCGCUUUGUGGGCUGGCAGGCAUUAUUGUCAGUACCUUCUUGAUCAGACACUUGAGAGAGGAUGACCUGAUGAGACAAGAUAUCGACUUCCACAACUUUUUAAUCGAACACGGUUGGGAAGGCAGGAUGGGUUUCGAUGAAAGCGAUUCUGACGACGCUGUUCCUAGUCAAUCCUCUGAAAACCUACACUCGACCAAAAAGUCUGAUGUCGAAGUCCUGGCUCGCGAAAUUUCUAAUAUCUAA